GGAGCGCCGCCAGGGGGGCCAGCAGUACGAGGCAGUCUGUUAGUGACACUUUCCCCCAAAUUGUAGCUUUGACUCUCAGAGGUGGGACAGGCAGUCGAAGGGUGAAGCGAUACACUCGAGCGGCUAAGAUUGUUCUUCUCUCUCUGUUUAAUCUCCCCAGCGCUGACGACCACGGAGGAUAUUAGGCUGUGCGUUGGGUAAAUAAAUAUCGCACACUGACGUCGCUAUCCGAAACCUCGCCGCGGUGCGCAAGAACAAGGGGAACAAGGAUCGCCGACUGCUCGGGACUGCGCGUUAUGCUGUUUCCAAGAGCUUUGCUGGGACUAAACAAACCAUCCACCGAAUAACGUGAGAUGUGGUCAGUAUUGAAUAAAGCUUGAUUCAAGAGGCAGAAUUUAUCCUGAGUGAGUCUAAGUGCCGUGUUGAGCGCGGGUGGAUAGACAGGAGCGAGCGGCUGAGAGGCGAAAUACUGUUGUGUUGUUAUAUUCCGUGUAAUUUGCCCUCUUCCAAAUUCUAAAAGGGGAGCGAGACGUAAGAUAACGUUGUAUUUGCGCUGCCUGCACGCUGACUUACUGGACUGACUUUUCCAAGAGGUUACAUUCUGAGGAGCAACGUGUUUAUGGAUUGCUGCGCAGCGAGGAACACCGGGAGUUGUAGGCUACGCGCUUAUGCAUCGAUCAUGUUGAUACCUCGCUGUUGCUGUAAACUUUGAUAGAUGUUUACAGAAAGAACUCAGUAAUAUAGAACAACGUUUUAAAUAAAUAAGCUCAGACAAGCUCAGACAAGCUCAGACUGACCUCUGGAGGAAGUGGGAAGCGCCUCUUCGCCCUCCCUCGGUUUUUCUCCCAAGACGUCAAGACGGAUCUGUAUCACUCUGAGUCUGACUCUCCUUCUGCGAUUUAAACAAAGACCAAAGUGUUUGGGGAUAGCAUGGCAAUGGUAGUAAACCAGUGGCCAGAGAACAUUUCGGCAGAUCCGGGGUCUCAGCUCCAGAUUUGCGGCCAGGAGCCCGGCGGGGCACCGGGGACUCCCAACGGUUCCACCCCAGGGAACGACGUACUUUCCGGGGACAAGAUCCCCAACGUGGACUGCAUGGUUUGCGGGGACAAGUCCAGUGGGAAGCAUUACGGUCAGUUCACCUGCGAGGGAUGCAAAAGCUUCUUUAAGCGCUCAGUGAGGCGGAACCUCUCGUACACCUGCCGGGGGAACCGAGACUGUCCCAUCGACCAGCACCACCGGAACCAGUGUCAGUACUGCCGCCUGAAGAAGUGCCUCAAAGUCGGCAUGAGGAGAGAAGGUUCACCUAAGGUUGUCAAGGGGACGCAUUUUCUCAGUUAUGAUCCAGCUGUACAACGAGGACGUACAUCGAACUCCCAGAGCAGCCCAGGACAAUACCUGACCAACGGCACCGACCCAUACAAUGGCCAGCCCUACCUAUCCGGCUUCAUUUCUCUGUUGCUACGUGCCGAGCCCUACCCCACAUCUCGCUACGGGGCCCAGUGCAUGCAGGGAAACAACCUGAUGGGCAUUGAGAACAUCUGCGAGCUGGCGGCCAGGCUGCUCUUCAGUGCUGUUGAGUGGGCCAAGAAUAUCCCUUUCUUCCCUGACCUGCAGCUCAUGGAUCAGGUGGCGCUGUUACGUAUGUCAUGGAGCGAGCUCUUCGUCCUCAACGCUGCCCAGUGCUCCAUGCCGCUUCAUGUGGCCCCUCUGUUGGCAGCGGCAGGCCUGCAUGCAUCGCCCAUGUCGGCAGAACGCGUGGUGGCCUUCAUGGACCACAUCCGCGUCUUCCAAGAGCAGGUGGAGAAGCUGAAGGCCCUGCAGGUCGACACGGCUGAAUAUUCCUGUCUCAAGUCCAUCGUGCUCUUUACUUCCGAUGCUAUGGGACUGUCAGAUGUUGCCCAUGUGGAGAGCAUCCAGGAAAAGUCCCAAUGUGCCCUGGAGGAGUAUGUAAGGAACCAGUACCCCAGUCAGCCAAACCGUUUUGGACGUCUCCUCCUCCGACUGCCCUCCCUGCGCAUCGUCUCCUCUCCGGUCAUCGAGCAGCUGUUUUUCGUUCGCCUGGUAGGCAAAACACCCAUCGAGACGCUGCUUCGCGACAUGCUGCUCUCGGGCUCCAGCUACAACUGGCCCUACAUGCCCACCGUGCAGCGCGACCGGCCCAUCUCCCUCCACUACAACGAGAACGGGCCCUGAGGUGGAGAGACAGACGAAAGAGAAGCUGCGGGACAUAUUCAGACUGAACGUCCAUCUGACUACUCAUCCAUCCUUCCUUCCCUUCAUUCUCUGCAUUCAACUUCUCAGUUUUCCUAGAGGAAGCAUCUCCCUCCACCAUUCCGCUCAAAAACACAGACUGACAGUAUCAUCUGUUACUGUCCCGGUUACACAAGCCAGCCAAUCAUUCACCAUGGCCAUUUCAAAGACUAGGUGGCCCGUUUGCAGUCCCUCAGCCGAUGGUGCAGUCUGCAUUUGAGAUGUGGCACGAGAUGGACAGGUUGGUAGAACGGGUUAUUGCGCAGUUCACCAGCAGGUCUGUUGGACUCACUUCAGAUGUCAGUCUCAAACCACAUGAAAACAGUGGCAGCAAAAGACAAAACAUUUGCUUUAUUGUUGGUGCUUGGUGCUAUGCCUAUAUUUACAGAGGCUGUGUACAAGCAUCCCAGUAUGGCGAAUACUGAGCAAGGGCUUUGCCAAUAGGACUCUACGACCAAGAGCACAAGGCCCAUUGUAUAUUUACCAAUUUUUGAAUAAAGCCAGAAGCCAUUAAAAAAAAAAGACAAAUGCCAAAAUGUCUUUGACUUUUUGCAGAGGACAUGUUUUAAUGUGUGUGUUUGUAUUAGCACUGUUUAUAUGGAGAGAAAACUCAUGAUUGUGUCCAUAUGUACAGUAUAUCGUUGAUUCAUAGGCAUCUAUAGCGUAUUAGGGUUCAAUGGGAAAAGCUCAGGUUCAAUGGGUGGGUAGACUGACAGACAGACAGACAGACAGACAGACAGACAGACAGACAUGCCAAUAUCAGUACAAGAGCAAAAAGACAAACCCAGCAAAAUUUACACUUAUCAGCAGCCUGUGCCAAAGCUGAAAAAUGCAUAUUGUUUGGAUAUUUUUGUGGUAGUGUUGGUGAUGAAAAUUUAAUGUUUGGUUUGUCUAUAAUUUGACUAUAUGCUUGUUUUUGGGUCUCAGGGGGAGAAAAGGAGUCUGUUAAAAAAAAUACAAAUAAAAGCUUAGGCACUUGCAUUGUAACCUAGUCAGAACCUACACUUAUUCACUCCUGUAAAAUCACAGCACUGGUAGAUUUUUGCUACCCUUAUGCCAUUUGAUCGAUCUACCUUUUUACUUAUUCAAAAGGCCCAUUAAAACUCCUUACAUGUUUUAUCACAGGAGUGGCAAAACUCAUCCUCAUUGUUGUUUUUUAGUCAUGAUUGUCAAUAUUGGAGCUUUUGGAUUUGGGAUGGAGCAUUUUACAAAACUAGCUGUACUUGCCUUAGAACAAAGAUUUUGUCACUGAGCAUUUAUCUUAUGACUGUGCCAUAAUCUCUCGUUACCUGUUAUAACAGGUAUUAUGUCCUGUCAGUAGAGGAAAUGAACUCACAUGAUGUGAAAAUGAUUAAUGUGCACAUGAAGUCAUAGAAAAGUACAAAUACAAAGAUUUUCAAUGUGUCAGUUGUCAGUGAAAGAGCACAGAUAUUUCUGCUUUAACAUCAUCAGCACUUUCAUUUUUAGACCUCAUGCGAGUUCUUUUCCACUUCCUGAUGAUAUUGUCAUGUAGGGAAAACCCCCUCGACUCAUGUCAUUUGAGCUUAUCGUAACGAUACCGUAGAGAAAAGUAUCACUAACCUCUGAAAACCUCAGUCUAUGUUACAAUAUUAUCCCAGUUGGACUUAUGACUGUGACUUAGUUUAGGACUAUUUUAAUUUUUUUUGUCUUCCUGUUGGUGGAAGCAAGUUUGUUUUGACAACCUGUCUCACAUUUCCAACAUGGCACUGUGGUAUCAGCAUCAAGUAUUGGUAUUGGAAAAGCCAUCUGGGACCUUAGAAAACUGCCUGUUGAUAAAUGAAUUCACAGAAAGUUUCUAUGAGUUUGUUUUUAUCCCCUUUUGUUUGGAAAUAUGGAUUAUCCAUUAAUUGAAAUAAAAUUCUGUUGUUCACAGAA